AUGAGUAUAGAUGUUGAAGAACUGAAGUCCGCGUGGGGACACCCACUCUUCCGCGUGGGGGAAUAUCUGUACUGCGUCGAUAAAAGCAAAGGCGAGCGACUUUACUGCCGAUGCAUCCGCGGCAAAAGCGACAACUGCGGCGCGAGAGCAAUCGUCGACAAGGUCGACUUUGAGAUUGCGGUCCUACGAGCGAUCGAAGAAAUCUUCCCGAUGGCCGAAAUACGCGGCUGCAAUUUCCACUUCACGCAAGCGUUGUGGAGAAAAGUCCAGCAUGAAGGAUUGUCUGGGCUCUAUGGAAGCGAUCCAGCUCUCGAGAGGUACAUCAAAGGAGUGAUGGCCCUGAGCCUCGUGCCGCUCCACCGCCUCGACGACGCCUGGCUGGAAGUGGAAGCCGAAUCUCCAGGUGUAGGCUUCGUUGGCCAUGAAAAGCUGGUCCGGUUCAAAGAUUACUUCAUCAGAACAUGGAUGGAUAACGACACAAUAUUCCCGCGCAGCCUUUGGAAUCACCACGGGAACCUUGGAGUACGCACGACUAAUCAUCUUGAGGGAUGGCAUAGUUCCCUGAACAAAAAAAUCAAGAGCGCUCACGUUAACAUAUACGAGCUGAUUUCGCACCUCAAAAAAGAGGAGCACGACCAGCGGCUGCAGAGAGUCUUGCUGGAUGCUGGAAAUCCGCCGAGGCCUCCUAAGAGAAAGUACAAGAUACUGAAUGAUUGA